AUGGCUACACCGGUUGAAAUUAUUAAAGAGAAAAGUAAGCAAAUACUAUUAUUAUGGGAAUCGAAACGCAUCGAGAAACUUUUAACAACAAUAUAUGCCGAUGAUGCUUGUUUUCUCGACAAUGGCGUUACCUACAAUGGUCACGAUGAACUACUGAAAGUAUUUGAAAAAAUUCAAGAUAUCAAGUUCGAAGUAACUUCUGAUGAGGUGUCAGUUGUCUCCGAUGAUUCUGUUAUACAAGCAUUACAAUGUAAAUGGGAUGGUGCAGAUCGAAAUGGCAAAGUUACAUGGAAAAAAAUUGAUAAUGACUGGAAAGUUACUUGCGAAGAAUGGUAUUGA